UCUCUCUCUCCGUUUCUCUCUCUCCGUUUCUCUCUCUCUUUGAUCUUUCUUCUUCCAAUCUUCCAUAACUCCCUAAAGCAGCAGCAAUGGCCGUUACCUUUUCAGAUCUACACACAGAGGAGGGUGUCAAAUCCGUGGAGGAGCACCUCGCCGGAAAAACCUACAUCUCCGGAGAUCAAUUGUCUGUGGAUGAUGUUAAGGUCUACGCUGCCGUCCCCGUGAAACCCAGUGAUGCCUUCCCUAAUGCUAGCAAGUGGUACGAGUGUGUGGCUUCUCACCUCGCUAAAAGCUUCCCAGGAAAGGCUGUCGGAGUUCAAAUCGGUGGUUCUGCUGCUGCUCCAGCUGUUGAGGCUGAGGCUCCUGCAGCUGAUGAUGAUGAUGACAUUGAUCUCUUUGGUGAUGAGACCGAAGAGGAAAAGAAAGCUGCAGAGGAGAGGGAGGCUGCUAAGAAGGACACCAAGAAGCCUAAAGAGAGUGGAAAGUCUUCUGUGCUCAUGGAUGUUAAGCCAUGGGAUGAUGAGACUGACAUGAAGAAGCUGGAGGAGGCUGUUCGUGCUGUUGAGAUGCCUGGUCUUUUAUGGGGAGCUUCUAAACUGGUGCCAGUUGGGUACGGGAUCAAGAAACUCACAAUUAUGCUCACCAUUGUUGAUGACCUCGUCUCCCCAGACAACCUCAUUGAAGACUAUCUCACCUCAGAGCCUAACAACGAGUACAUCCAGAGUUGUGACAUCGUCGCAUUCAACAAGAUUUAGAGACUUCAAACGUCUCCUUACCAAACAUAUUUGAGUUCCAAGUUUUGUUUUCGUUUGUAUGGUUUUCUGAAGAUGUUUCUUUUCUAGUUGCAAGACCUCUUUCAUAUUACAAUAACACUAAAUUAUAAAUUCCUUGUUCCUAUUCA